AUGGGCGUGACGACUACUCUCACUGUCGACGGUGUUAAGUCAGCUUUGUCAAGGUGUGUUAUGUGUGACCUUAUUAUGAGGAUUUUCUGGAUAUUGGUGAUCUUCACUCGAGCUUCUACAGAAUCUACCGAUUGUGUGGAACAGGCGGCAGUGGAACGGUGCCUUCAUCCAUUCCUUGACGUAUGGGAGAAAAUUCGAGAACACGAAACAGACGCACGAGAUCUUCUUUUUCCACCUAAAGUCCGUGGUGUUCAGGUACCAUUUUAUGAGAGAAAUGCCAUACUCGAAUUAUGUUCUAGCUAUAUUCUCUCAAUGGACAUUUGUUUAUCAGAGAAGACAUCAAGCAAGUGUGCUACAAUUUCACUUGUGCAAUUCAUCGACAGUCAUCUGAAAUUCUUCUGUGGGGAACUCGGUCCCGCUUAUUUAGGAAAAUGUCAUGGAAUGGCGAAUUUAUUCCAAUGCGUUGAAGACGGUAUGAGCAACGAGUGUGGUGAAUUGGCAAGCGCACUAUUUAGGAAAUCAAUAGAGGAGUUCGGAUGUUUAGACGAUUAUUUUAAAGCGACACAAGAGGUCGAGUUGAAUUUACGACCACCAAAUGGUUCUCAGAGGAGACAAGAUCCUGCAAAAAUGUCAGAAAACGCUCUUACUAUGGACGAACAGGGCACUGACAUUAAUGAGAGCACCAUAGCCAUGCAAAACGUGUCCGAGCCCAGUGCUUCGGGGAUCAAAGAACGCACAAGAGAAAAAUCACCGCCUAGAUUCUUAUCCAGCACUCAAAGUGCAGCUGCAGCACUCACUACCGACAUUUCUGAAAGUGAAAGAACAAUUGACAGAGAGAAAAUCUCUGUUCCUUCAGCACAACCAAUUACGAAGAAUGCAAGAGAAAACCUUGUGCGAAUUGACGAAAAUAUGAACGAGACCUCAACGGAAGCGGUCUUUAACACGACAGAGUUUGCUGUCACAACCACCACCCAUCCACCGUACUGCAUUCCACAUCGAGAUCAUCGUACCAUAAGCUUUUGCCACAAGAACGUCAUGCAUUUUUCGACUCUAGGAUUUCCGUUGGAGAGACCGAAUUUUGUGGCAAACAAUGAUUGUGUUGUAGAUUUCGGUCCUAGGAAAACUACACGGUUACUAAGUUCAUUCAUGAUUUCAAGAGCAUCCAUUAUCAAAUUUAGUGCCAAAAUCAUCAAGUUCCUAAUACAUGCGCAAUCAUUCAUUGUCAACGUAUUCAGCUUCAAUAGUUGCUCACAUAGAAAACUUUCCAACCUUUCGGUCAAAUCGCAAUUUGAUUCGUCCGUUCGUUUUCCGCUUUAUGACGUAUCAUUUGACGAUUUGGUUGCGAUUUGUAACGACCUGACGGCCGCUAGAAAAUGUAUGGAUGGUGUUGACCAACUUUGUCCGCAUCCAUUGCUCGUCUUCCUCAAAGAACAAUUUUCGGCUACAUGUCAGCUGAAGGAAAUGCUGGAUUUCGAUAUUGACUACAACUGCAUUCAAAACAAACUUAUUGACCGAAAAGACUGUAUUGCAUUGCUUAACACUACCGUGAAAAUAAAUGACGACAAAUGCGAGGGACACGAAGACUUCCUAAGCUGCAUGAAAGCUGAUCUGGAGCAGGUGUGUGGAUUAGAAUCGUACAACAGCGUUGUCACCAUGCUGAGAGGAUAUGGAUGCAACAUUUCGGAUGAUAUUGCGGCAGAGAGCUCAUUUGCAGUUGAGAACUCAAUAUCGUCAGCAGAGUUGAUUAGCUCCAUUGCUAACCAUCAAAAGUCGUCUUCAGGUGCAACAACAACAACCCAACUUCCACCAACGACUCGAAGCUUAUUCAAGUUUGACCACGGCAAAGAAGAACGAUCAAGUGACCAAGGUGAAGAGGAAGAAUCAAACGGCGAAGAUUUUAUAGAGAAGCUACACGUACUUCAAAGUGUAGAUGACGUUACCGUUCAAAAUUCUGGAGAGCUAAUUUCUUUCAUAAAUCGUAAUGCUGAGACAGCUAAGAAGUUAGGACUACUGAACACAAGUGAGCAAAGCGAAAUUGAUGAAUCGCAGUCUCUCAAUUCAGCAAGUCUUCUCGAAUCACCUAGUCACCGAAACGAAAGAAUGGAUAGCUUCGAGAUUUCCGAUCCACUCUUUAACUAUACGAUUUCGAGCAAUUGUACGGUAACAAUGCGCAAUAAGGCUAGGUUAUGCACAGUUCCACUGAUGCGUACAUGGGUAGCAUUGCGAGCAGUAUGGCCACGUUUGGCUCAGAUCACAUUUCCAUUGUACAAGUAUUCACGCGUGGAUUUGUUGGAGCUUUGUGACAGUUAUGCGGAUACCCUUCUGUGUUCAAAUAUGAAUCAUCUUGAACCAUGUGUAAUGGACGAGUUGGUUCGUUUCGCGCAAGAUCAUCUUGGUUACGUUUGCUCUCCGAAAAACAUUCAGCGUUUCAUGAAGCACUACGACUGCAUAAUGGAGCAAGAAGCAUUAGGUCGUGGGAAUUGUCGACAACAUAUCCUUGGCGAGGCUAUUCCAGGAAAAGACGAGCGCAAGUGUCAUGGAGUGAAGGAAUAUCGUGAAUGCCUUGUUCCUUACCUCCGAAAGCAUUGUCAACCGGGAGCAAUUGACGAAUUCGAUGCAACCAUUCGACAGCUAGGCUGUUACACUCAUCAGCAGCACCCAAAUAUCAGUGGUUUAGUAGACCUUUAA